GGAUCUGACGAGCUUUUCACUGCUUGUGUUACUAACGGACCCUUUAUCAUGAGCGGCAACGCUUCCUCUGCAGCUAAUGGAAACGACAGCAAAAAAUUCAAAGGUGAUAGUAGAAGUGCUGGGGUCCCAUCUCGAGUAAUCCACGUCCGUAAACUCCCCAGUGACGUCACGGAGGCAGAGGUCAUUUCUUUGGGCUUACCUUUUGGCAAGGUCACCAAUCUUCUAAUGUUGAAAGGAAAAAAUCAGGCUUUCAUCGAAAUGAAUACGGAGGAGGCAGCCAACACCAUGGUAAACUAUUAUACCACAGUCACUCCAGUUCUUCGAAGCCAGCCCAUCUACAUUCAGUUCUCCAACCACAAGGAGCUCAAAACGGACAACUCUCCAAACCAAGCACGUGCCCAAGCAGCUCUGCAAGCAGUGAACACUGUUCAGACCGGAAACCUCGCGCUGCCGGCCUCCGCGGCAGCUGUGGAUGCAGGAAUGGCGAUGGCUGGCCAGAGCCCUGUCCUGAGGAUCAUUGUGGAGAAUCUCUUCUACCCUGUCACUCUAGAUGUUCUGCAUCAGAUUUUUUCCAAGUUUGGUACAGUCUUGAAAAUAAUUACAUUCACAAAGAACAACCAAUUUCAAGCCCUGCUACAAUAUGCUGAUCCAGUGAGUGCUCAGCAUGCCAAACUGUCUUUAGAUGGACAGAAUAUCUACAAUGCCUGCUGUACACUGCGCAUAGAUUUCUCCAAGCUCACAAGUCUCAAUGUAAAAUAUAACAAUGAUAAGAGCAGAGACUAUACACGGCCAGACCUACCUUCUGGGGACAACCAGCCCUCUCUUGAUCAGACCAUGGCAGCUGCUUUUGGUGCCCCUGGAAUAAUUUCUGCCUCUCCAUAUGCAGGAGCUGGCUUUCCUCCUACCUUUGCAAUUCCUCAGGCUGCAGGCUUGUCAGUUCCAAAUGUUCAUGGAGCACUAGCUCCUUUGGCUAUCCCAGCAGCUGCAGCGGCUGCAGCAGGACGGAUUGCCAUUCCCGGCCUCACUGGGGCAGGGAACUCCGUUCUGCUGGUUAGCAAUCUGAAUCCUGAGAGAGUUACACCCCAAUGCCUCUUUAUUCUUUUCGGAGUCUAUGGUGAUGUGCAGAGGGUGAAGAUUUUAUUUAAUAAGAAAGAGAAUGCCCUAGUUCAGAUGGCUGAUGGAAACCAGGCUCAGCUUGCCAUGAGUCAUUUAAAUGGUCAGAAGCUUCACGGGAAGCCUAUCCGUAUAACUCUGUCCAAGCACCAGACAGUACAGCUUCCCCGUGAGGGGCAGGAAGACCAGGGUCUGACCAAGGAUUAUGGAAAUUCUCCUCUCCAUCGUUUCAAGAAACCAGGCUCCAAAAAUUUCCAAAACAUCUUCCCCCCUUCUGCCACUCUUCAUCUGUCCAAUAUUCCACCUUCAAUAACUGAAGAAGACCUCAAGAUGCUAUUUUCAAGCAAUGGUGGGAUGGUCAAAGGAUUCAAAUUCUUCCAGAAGGACCGUAAAAUGGCUCUGAUCCAGAUGGGCUCUGUGGAAGAAGCAAUUCAGUCGCUCAUUGACCUUCAUAAUCACGACCUUGGGGAGAAUCAUCACCUGCGUGUGUCCUUCUCAAAGUCCACCAUUUAAAGCUUUGGAAGGCAUGAGACAAAAUGGACUUGACUUAAAACCUCUUGGGUUCAGCCUUAACCUUAGAGGGCUGAACACUAGGGUUUCAACUUCCAUCAUUCCAGAAAAAAAAAAAGCCACUUUAAAAAUGCAGCUGAAGUGACCUUAAAAGACCAGAGAUUUUAUUUUUUUAAGGAGAAAUCAGUUUACCGGUUUUUAAAAAAGAAAAUUAAAUCUAAUUCAUAUUGCUAACCUUGUGGUGAUGGGUAACAAUCUUGACUGUUCAAAUAAAAAUCACAAGUUAAAGUUUACACUUUGGAACCUGCUCUGGGAAAACUCCCCUCCCCUCCUGCUCCUCCUCCCCUCAAAAAGCAGAUCCUAACAAGUUUAUCAGGUUUCACAUUGAUGCCUUUUUUAUUUUCUUUACCCAUCCAUGCCUUGAAAGACCUAAAACCACUGUGUAAAUUCACUUUAGCGCCUUGGAGUCAGGAUUUUGCAAAAUGCAUGGUGUGUAGGAGUUCCCAACUCCCCCAGCACAAAAAUAAGUUGCAUUGAUCUUACCUAAACUGUGCAUCUGCUAUCCUGUGCCUUAAACUUCUUUUCUUUUGGGGAAAACAUCUGAACUGUAGGGAUUUGAUUGGGAGAGUUAAGGGGAAUGAAUGAGCUCUGACUUACCAGAUCUGUUUACUGCAAAAAGGACAAGUGAAGCUGGCAAGUGGAUAAAGAAAAUACUGGGCUUUGACUCUUUAGGCAGUUGUAUCCCACAGUCCAUGAAAUGUCUCGAUCUGCGUAGUAUCAUGUAUCUUCAUGCCACUUUCCAAUUCGCAUGUGGUUUAUCUCUAUCUGCAAACUUUUCAAGUGGGAGUUAUUUAAGAUCCUUUUUUUGUAACAUUCAGACUAAGCAGAAAGGUCUGGGUGGGGAAGCAUUCCCAUGACCAAAUUACAUUCCAAUGUCAAUAGCAAAUCACCAGGCUCUGCCCUUCACAAGAGCAUUGAUCAAGAUAUGAAAUUAACCACUGUUGGACACUUGUGAAGACGAAUCAUUAAGAGUUUGUCUAAAUUGUGUGUGUGUGUAUAUAUAUAUCUAAAUACUUGGCUAGGAUUUGAAAAAUUAUUGAAUGUCCCACAUUUAGAAAGGUGUUCAUGUGAGUCACCUUCGUGCCCCUGAUUUGAGAUUAACAAGACCAAUGUAGCUCUGCCAUCAUUCUUAUAGCAUGUCUUCAGCAUUUGAGCUUUUUGUUUUAAUUCUUGUAUUAUACUUUUGAUGCAGUUGCUGUCAUCUGUGCCUAGCAAUAUUUCCAGUUGACCAAAUAUUCUAAUCUCUUUAUAUGCAAAAGAAAUAGUUUAAGUACCUUUUUAUAGAACGAUAAGAUGGUAUAAACGUAAUCUAAAUUUACUCCUUUGUGGUAUUACCCUUGUAUACUGUACUUUCUUAUUUUAUUUUAUUUUUUUGUAAUUGAAACUGUAGGGCAGGAAUUUAGUUAUCAGGCUGAGGUCAUGACUGAGGAUGAGUAAUGUAAUGAAUUUGAUCAACCGUGGUAAGCGAAGCAGAUUUUUAAAGCAAAGUGUUUUGAGAUAAGAAGCACAAAUGGCUUGUGAAUUUAAGUAAAAAGACCCAGGCUAAAGUUUUUACUUUUUUUAAACUGCAAGCCCAAAUCUUUUUAAGUUACAGGAAGGGAAUUUAUUAAAAGUAGAACGCAGCAGAUCGUUUUUUCCCAGAUUAUACUUUUUUUCCUGGCUUACAAUUCUUUUUUCAGGCCAUUCUGCCUUCUAUUUUGUAUAAUCCGAUGUUGCCUUACGUUUCCCUCUAACCUGCAACCUGUUCGGAUGCAAAAUAACAAGAAUCUUGUACUUUUUUUUCAGGGUUUUUCUGCAAAUUGUGGACCAAAGUUUGUUUUUUAAUUGUCUUAGUGUUGCAAGUUACGAUUUCCUCGCUUAGUGUGGGAGCUCUUGACUUGCCUGGCACUGAGUGUUUGGAAAAGUCUUAACUUUUCUUAGUUCCUCCCUGAAGUCUCGAGGAUGUGAAUUAUGCUGGAGAAGUGUGUGAAGUCUGAGUGAGGGUUCAGCUUGGGUUGCUGGCAUGAGGGUGCUGAGACUUGUCUGCCUUCGUGUCCAGCUUGUGGCUGAAAGGAGUGUGAAACCAUCCUAAAUAAAAGCAUUGCCCCUGGUUGAGCUG